AUGGAAGUAUCUGUAGAUGCCAUUUUGCAGCAAAAAGACUGGAUCGUUCAAGCCCAUGUCGGUCAUCACGUACUACACCUAAAGGUCGACACUGGCGCCCAAGCAAAUCUGCUGCCGUACAGCGUGUAUAAAAAAUUGCAGCUCAGGUCGCGAUUAAGGGCCAGCAACUCUGUUCUACGUACGUAUGACGGAGGAAUCGUCAAACACCUGGGUAUUGUCACUGUAAAACUGGCGCUCUCCACCAAAGCAACCGACAUCGACUUCUUUGUCGUCAAGAAAGGACGUCAAGCGCUAUUAGGACUACAAGCAAGUGAGCUGCUCGGCUUGUUCUCACGCUCGGUGAAUGUAGUUUCUACGACUACAAGUGAGCAAGUCGUCAAGCAGUUCCAAGAAGUGUUCAGCGGCACGGGAUGUCUUCAACGGCAAUACCGGAUGGUGCUGCGGGACGACGCCGUUCCUGUCAUCCAGCCAGCUCGACGGGUGCCACUGGCACUACAAGGGCCCCUCAAACAGGAACUCGACCGCAUGGAAAAGGCAGGCAUCGUGGCCAAGGUACAAGAGCCUACGGACUGGUUCGUCCCCGGUAAAGAAUUGGUUUUGGCCGACCUGCUGUCGAGGGCUUCCGUGGGACCACCAGACGAGGAGGCGGACGAAGACGUCGAGAUUCAUGCCGUUACAACUGUGCAGGCACUGAUCAGCGAGGCCACGCAAGGCCAGCCCAUUGGACGACGGCCGGUCCCCAGGAGAGCUGCUUCAAGGUCGGCGGCAUCCAACGAAGCGCCAACGCCGGGUCCCACCAAGCUUGCACUGCUGCUCAGCAUAGCCGGCGACGACGCUCCCGAAGUGUACAACAACUUCUCCUUCGACCAAGGAGAGGACCGGAAUGAUUACGCCACAGUAAUCAAGAAGUUCGAUGAGUAUUUUGCCGAGCAGCUAAAUGAAGUGCAUGAGCGCUACGUGUUUCGUCAACGCGUUCAAGACGAAGACUCUCAACGGCUGUGA